UGUGACUGCCAGUGCCUAAAACUUAAGACUGAUCAAGCACAAGAUGCAAAGAUGAUGGAGAAGCUCAACAAUAUAUUCUUUGCUUUGAUGGCUCGUGGUCCUGAAGUGGAUAUAGCAGAAGUCACAGGGAAAGAACAAUUGGAGGCACAGCCGUCAAACAAAGGAAGAGGAAGAAAGCAAUGAUUUGUAGCUAAAAUCUUCAGUUAGGUACUAAGGAAUGUAGUUGAUCAAGGUUUUC